CCGUCGAGCAAGCCCGCAGCGCCUUUGAGGACGCAUUCUCGCCGAGGACGCACUCUCAUUGCACCCGAGCCGAGCCGAGCCGAACCGAGCCAGCUCGAUUCAACAGGAAACAGACGGACGGCAUCUGCAUCACAGCGCCUCCAUCCCCCGCCCGGUCCGGCCACCAACCCCACCACCAUCGCCCUCACAGUCAGCCGAGCCAGCGAGCACACAAGUCCGUCGGCCCUUAUCGCCUCUGUCGCAAGUCCUUUCCAUUCCCCGUCUCAACGAACUCCAAGCAGCCUUGCUCUCAAGGGAGCCGCUCGAUCCGUUUGAUUUUUGCACCAAUCCGCCGCCCUUGACCAUCAUGGCCAAACAAAAGAAGCAGACCAAGAAGGCCGACCAGCUGCACAGCGAGUUCAAGACCGUCGAUGCCACGCUGCUCGUGCAUCUGCCGCCUCGUUUCGUGGGCGAAACCAUGAAGGGAGUCACACACUACCUGAACAGCCUGCUGAUGAGAUAUGUCGCCGAAGUCGGGGGUGUCGUUCUGUCAUUCAAAAACAUCAAGCUACUGGAGUCAUCGGGCCGCAUCCUCUUUGACAACCCCUACACCCACUUCAACGUCUCCGUGCGAUUCACGGUCUUUGCGCCAGAGCGGUCUUCGAUUCUGACCGGCGUGGUCAACAAAGUGUCGUCGGAUCAUAUCGGCUUGCUCGUCCAUGGCGUUUUCAAUGCCUCGAUUGCGGCCGAUCAGAUCCGAAAGUCCGAGUUCCGAUGGGACAGCAAACAGAGUGCCUGGAUCCAAAAGUCGGACAAAUCCGUCAUCGACUCGAACGCAAUCAUUCGAUUUACCGUCUUGGACAUUGUUCGGGCAGACGACAUGUUCACGAUUGUGGGCAGUCUCGUGAGCCACCCCAACAAAACUGGCCUGGUGGACAGCUCCAAUAUCAUACCCGCUCCGGUGCCUCAGCCGCCUCCAGCCUCGACCGAGGAAGUAGAAGGUGAAGAAGAAGAGCAAGCCGAGGCGCCUCCCCAAGAGGGCGUGCUGGACUAUGAAGGCGCUGUGUACCGACGGCCCGCUGACGCUGCCAAAGCUGACGAUGACGACGAGGAAGAGGAGGAGGAGGAGGCAUCCGAGCCCAACGACAACGCCAUGGAAGUGGAUCAUGCCCCUGACGUGGCCGAAAAGAGCAAGAAGCGCAAGUCAGUCUCGGGCGGCGACCGCGAAAUCACCAAGGGCUCAGCCAAGAAGGCAAAGAAGGACCCGAUCGCAUCCGCCGAAAAGAAAAAGAAAGCCAAGGCUGCCGAUGUCACGACAGAGUCGCCAGCGAGCGAGAAGGGCCAUGGCGACGAGACCGAGCACAGCAAGGCCACACCCAAAAAGUCAUCAAAGAAACAGAAAGCCGCGGCAGCGGACGAUUCUCCUGAAGCCUCGACGCCGACCAAGGUCAAGAGCAAAAAGAGCGCCAAGGGCCAGCAAUAAACCCCCUUUCCCGCGACACGGUUCCUUUGUACUU